AUGGCUUCUGCUUUCUGCCGAGGCUGCCUCUCGCGGCUCCCUCGAGCAAGUUUCCUACCUCCGCCGCCUACCGUCCCCCGAACCACCACCACCGCAACCGCAGCAGCAGCAACAGCCGGAUUCCACACAUCUGCCGUGCACUAUGCCAACCCAACAAAAAAGAGCAACAGCAUGGACAGCGGGCCCAAAUACCGCCAGGCCAAAUCCGCCAAGAUGAAGAGGAAGAAGCCGGUCGAGCGGACCCGUCCCCCGCCCAUUGGCGAGCGCAAGGCCCUCCGGAAUCGCAUCGUGCUGGGCAACCCCAAUGCUCUGGAGCCGGCAGAUAUGCAGAACCUUUCUGUUGAGAAUAUGGGGGACCCGCGCGUGCGUGGGACGGUCGUUGGCCUGCCUGUGUCGAUGCUGGAGCAGUUGCGGUCCGUUCAUGCGUUUAAAAAAAGUCAGCGGUGGGGGUUAUUCCGUCGUCCAGCGACUUUUAUGAGGAAGGAGGCGUUGGAGAUGGGACGGUUGUUUGAGAAGAUCUCGGGUGAGGAGCAUGGUAAGGUUGUUAAGAAGGUUAUUACUGGUAAGGUGGGGUCGGGGAAGUCGGUAUUUUUGACGCAGGCUAUGGCUAUGGGUUUUCUCAAGAAUUGGGUUGUUCUCACUGUUCCUGAGACCCAGGAAUUGGUCAACGCGCAUACUGGUUACGCGCCACUUAAUGACACCAACCCCGGCCUCUACGUCCAGAACCAAGCCACUUCGCAGUUACUGCAGCGCACGUUCAAGGCCAAUGAGAAGGUCCUGUCCGGCCUGAAGGUUUCCCAGCAACACCCUGCGCUGAAGUCGCUCGUCAAGCCCGGCAUGACUCUGGCACAGCUCACCGGCCUCGGUAUCAAGGACCAAGCCGUCGCCUGGCCCGUCUUCCAGGCCUUGUGGGCCGAACUCACCAGCACGAGUGCGCCUCGUCCCCCGAUCCUCGUCACCGUGGACGGCCUCUCGCACUGGAUGCAGAACUCCGAGUACCGCACCGCCGACUUCAAGCCCAUCCACGCCCACGACCUCGUCUUCGUGCGCCACUUCCUCUCGCUGCUCAAACCCGGUGCCAACGGCAAGUCCACCCUCCCCAAUGGCGGCCUCCUCCUUUACGCCACCUCUGGCUCCAACAGCCCGCGCAUCUACUCCUUCGACGUCGCCCUCAAGCAGCUCGAAGCCACCACCUUGGGCGUCAAUCCUAAGAGCCCAGAAUUCCCGCAGGCAGAUGCUUACCAGAACCCGGACCUGCGCGUCAUCGAGGCCUUCGCCGCCCCGCAGCCCGCCUCGGAUAAGGAGGGUAAAUUGGAACUGCAGCCGCUGUCUGGUCUCACGCGCGAGGACACCGUGGGGUACAUGGAGUUCUGGGCGAAGAGCGGUCUUAUUCGCCAGGUUAUGGAUUUCCAGUGGGUGUCGCAGCUGUGGACCAAGUCUUCUGGUGGUAUUAUUGGGGAGUUGCUCCGUCUUGGGAGCCGACUUAGGGUACCUCAGCGUACUUGA